AUGGCGAUACACCUUAUCAGCGUCCUUGUUAUCUCUAGUACUCUCGCUGUGGCCGCGCAAGAGCGAUUUCCUCAGACACCACUGGUUUCAAAGCGCUUCUCGUACCCAACUGGCUUACCCUACCAGGCCGACUCCGAGAACCUUCUCAGAGGCACCCAAUUCGGCUACAAUUUGUGCAACUCCUCCACUGAAUCUCAAGAAUCUCUCUGUCAAACAUCAUUCCUCAACGCCGUCGAUGACUUCUGCCUCUGGGCACCCUCCAAAGCAGACUCCCUGAUCGCGGACACCGAAGGCGAGGAAGUCGCUUGGUGCUCUCAACCCGGACGAGGAACGCGGCGUAUCCCCCCUGGCGCGCUGAAAGGCGUCCAAUUCAUGCGCACACCCGACUAUGUCCAAGUCGUAGGAUUCAUCGACCAAACGGCUAUCGACAUUGCUGCGGGCGAUUCGGGCGGCGAGCUGGACCCCCAUGGCGCGGACCUCCGUGGAAAUCCUCUAGGCGGCUUGGUGUACUCCAACGCAUGGUCGAAGAACCCAGACAUGUACGAGCAAGUCAUCGAAUGGCACAACUUCAUGGGCGGCAACGCCUUUUGCUUCAAGGUGUGCGACCCGUCAGGCCCCCAUGCAGCCAAUUACUGCCAGCACAUAUACGACCGCAUCGGGUGUGCCUAUAACGCGCCCAACAACGCGAAGGAAGGCGUGUUCGAAUCGUGCGAAGGCGAGAACCAGGACUUUCCGGGCGUGUACACGCAGGACGGACGGACUCUGACUUACACACAACCACCGGAAGCUCUUGGCCCUAUCACUUCCGUCCCUUAUCAACCCCGUGUCCCCGCCAGCAGCAAUUGCAAGCAAUUCUCGAGCAGCGCCCUAUACACAUAUACACCUAGCAGUGUCAUGCCCGUUUCAUUAGCCGUUACAUCGGCAUCCUCCACAGCGUCGCCUUCCAGCACAAGCAAAAGCGGCGGCUCGCAGUCGCAAAAAGACGGUGAAAGCAACGACGCAACCUAUGUAGUCUUUUCCGCCAUCACGUCUAUCUUCGGUGUCUUGUUCUCCGCACUUUUCUUGGCUUAA